CAGCAGCAGGAGUCAUUUGACGCCACCAUGCAGGAUCAGGUCUCAUGGAACGAUAUUCAGCCGGUCUUGCAUCAGACACACUGUGAGCUGGUAUCUGCGACCACUCGGCUCUGGAACACGAUCGAUGCUCUUCAGAAUCGUAGACCGGCGCCCUAUUUGCCUGGCUCUGAAGUAAUUCACGGAACUUGGCCCGACCAGGAUGGCCCGCUGGGGAAUUUGGGUCACAAUGCCCUACCCGGAUUCUCCGCAUCGAGUAAUUACCCACUUGUUACUCAGCAGGUGCCAGCUCCAACCAACCAGUAUGAAUCGCUUGUGUGA